AGGGACUCCUUUCCUACUCCAUGCCUCAAGGAGAGAGACGAGGCCUCGAACUGGACUUUUCAGACAAUACGUACGAUGGGGUAAAGGACGAUAGUUACCUCAAUGGUGGUCUUGGUCAAUUGACAGACGGUGUUGAAGGAGGAGAUAAUUUUAAAGCGGACGUAUAUGGCUAUGGAAAAGUUCCGGCUCAAGGCAAUUUUACGGAAGAAGAACCUCCCGCUGCGCCCCCUAUUGUUAGUACAGCAGUCAAUGACGACUCCUUAUCCAGUCAGUACGUGGGAUUAGUAAUCGGUGUUCUUGCUGCUGUAAUUCUGCUUCUUAUCAUCGUGAUCUUCAUCAUCAUCGCUCGGAACCGACGAAGAAAGCACACAACUCCGCAUACUAUGUUCAAACCGGUUGAAAACAGAGUCACCAUCAACAUGAAGGUGUACGGUGUUAUGCGGUUCACCAAGGAUCUGGGAAUCAGCUAUUCACCGUGUUCACCCGUGGGACGUCAAGCUAAUGGCAAUGUCUACGGCCAGGUGGCGCUGGAUGAUGCAGACCCGGACAAGCUCCUCUACCAGGAACCCCAGGACUUCAAGCCUUUUGGAGGAAUAUAUAGUAACGACUCGACGACUUCAAGAGAAUACGCUGUUCCAGAUGUUCAGAAGCCUUCGACGCCUCUGGGUCACCCGCCUCCCACACCCCUCAACAAACCUCCAUUCCCCCAGACUUUGCCCAAACCGCCACAUCUUCCUUGUGAAAAACACUAUGCAGCUACAGAUGUUGUGAAACUGCCCAACAUCCAGGGGGUAAGUGGCAGCACCGUCUACGCCGUGCCUAACGUGGAGCUGCUCAAUAGGGAGGAAUCUCCUGUUCGGGAGAUUCCGAGACAUAGACUGAGAUUUUUGGAGAAACUCGGAGAAGGUCAAUUCGGAGAGGUCCACCUCUGUGAGGCAGAAGGGAUCCCUGAAUUGGUUGAUGUGCCUUGCUACGGGAACAAAACCCUGGUUGCGGUCAAAACACUGCGACAGGACGCGUCUGACCAAGUUAGGACAGACUUCUAUAAGGAGGUCAAGAUCCUCUCGAGGCUCCGGGAUCCAAAUAUCGUACACGUACUGGGAGUCUGCACGCGCGAAGAACCCUUGGCAAUGAUUGUAGAAUACAUGGAAAAUGGAGACCUUAAUCAAUUUCUUCAACAACACAUUCCUGAUGGCGCCGCUUAUAGAUCGGUCAAUGCAAAAACUCUAAGCUACGGCAGCCUUAUCUACAUGGCAACUCAGGUAGCCUCGGGGAUGAAGUACUUGGAAUAUAUUAAUUUCGUUCAUCGUGAUCUGGCAACUCGCAACUGCCUGGUGGGCAGAGGGUACACUCUCAAGGUGGCGGACUUCGGCAUGAGUAGAGACCUGUACACUGCUGACUAUUAUAGAAUUGAAGGAAGAGCGAUGCUGCCUAUCAGGUGGAUGGCUUGGGAAAGCAUUUUAUUGGGUAAAUUCACGACGAGGAGCGACGUGUGGGCAUUCGCCGUCACUCUCUGGGAGAUACUUACGUUCGCCCGGCAGCAGCCCUACUCGGACUCGACUGAUGAGCAGGUGAUCGAGAACGUUGGACACUUUUAUCACAACGAUGGUCUGCACGUGUUGCCCUCUCAGCCGCCUAAUUGCCCCAAGGAAAUCUAUGAUCUCAUGCGGGAAUGUUGGCAGAGGAACGAUAACGAUAGGCCUAACUUUAGGGAAAUCCAUCUGUUCUUACAAAGAAAGAACUUAGGAUAUUCUCCCCAACUGUAAGCUAAGAGUUGAAAAAUGAUCACUGAGAGUUUUUUUUUUUUUUUGUUUUAAAGGGCAAAUCCUACUUUGUUCUGAGGGGAAACAAAUCUGGUAUCCCACUUUAAAUUCCACAUUUCUAUUAUUCUAAACACCAACGUCGAAAAUACCAACUUGUUUAGCCUAAAAGCUUAGCUUAAAAACUAGUUUGUGGACAAACUGUCUCAGCCAGUUAACUUUGAGAAAUAUCUACAAUGAAAUUCAACUUCAACGUAUGUCAAGCUCUGAGCACUUCUCAGCUUCUUAUCCUUUCCGAUAACCUGGAGACUUGACAAGUUAUGACUUUCUUCGAUUAUGAGAAAGGACACUUUGUAAUUAAAAAAAUAAGAGUUCCAUAUGAUUGACGGACUGGUGCUGCAGAACCAGCUCAGAACAGGUAACCGCAAGGUGUAAUUCUUAAACGUAGAGACAGAGAGAAAAAAAAACAAAAUGAACAACGUUCUUACUUAGUGACAGCAUGAAAUUUUCCCUAUACUUUUCUGGAGAGAGAGAGAGACAAUACCGUGAACGUAACUAGGGCGCCAUCUGUGAUCUCUCCAUAACAACCAUAUCAGUUCCAAUUCUGAAGUCUAUCAAUGUUUUCGUUUUGUAAAUGACUGGACAAUUACUUGUACAGAUUCUUUAAGAAAAAUAAUAAUGUGUUAACCGUUUACAUGUAUGGAUUAUGCGGUAUUUGUAUGUAUAAAUGACAAUUUGAUUAAUAGUACUUACUACGCAAAUAACCUUUACUGCGUUCAGGCUGAGGCACUCCACUGAUAACGUAUGCACAUUUACGAAACUUAAUGUUCAAUUUUGGCCUUGAAUAUCUGUGAGUUUGUAAAAUAUUACCUUUAUAAGAUUUGAUGCUGUUUGAAAAUGUAUAAAUGUGUUAAAGGUGGUCUUAACAUGACGAAACUAAGAAUCUUUCGCGUACGCACUUAGCUAUGAUAUUUAUAAAUUUCCAUUUGUAAUAAUCAUCUUACCUAGUAAAAUGAUCGUUGAUAAUGAAUUACCUGAAUUUUACAGAAGUGUGUUGGGUUUUUUUUUUUUGGUUGUGUGUGUGUGUGUAUUAUUAUUGAUCCUGUGUGUUAUGAGUGGAAAA